ACGGAGGAGAGGAGAGCAGGAGGAGGUGGAGGAGGAGUAGAGCGCUGAUUCACGGCUUGUAGGAGGAGGCAGAGACGCUCGCACGGGCUCAAGAGGAAGAUCCAUCUCUACCCAGCAUGCAGUCCUAAAAUACCGACCCACACUCCUCCUCCUCCCUCCUUGCUUACAGCUCUGCGACCCGGCCCAUCCGUUUGACAGGGGAGGAUCUGGGGAGGAGGGCGCCAAGGCAAGAGAAGACGAAAGGCGAUCACCCCCUCUUUGGCCCGGUUUGAUCCUCCACACUCGGCAUUAUUGGGCAGCCUGUGGGACCUGCAUGCUCUUCUUGUACAUGAGGACGACACGGCAGCCUUACGGUGGGAUUGUGGUCUGCAGAUUAUUUUAGGACCGCUGGCAGACUCAUCUACUCUGCAAAAACAAUAAUAAAGGGGGCGGACGGGAGCUGCUCAGCUGUCUCUACAAAAACUCACUCAAAUACAGAUCCAGGUGGUGGGUGGAAGAAAGCACAGCCCAGUGCUGGAUUCCAGAGGGAACGUUGGUGUUGCAAGGGCCCUUAAGACAAAGAAGGGUGCAUGGAGGGUUCAAGGCCUCUAAAACCAGGGACAUCAGCCUGCCUCUGGUUGGGGCUGGUCUCUGUGGCUGUAGCUUUCCUUUGUUCUGAGGCCCGGACUACUCCGAGCCCUUUACUCAGCCCCAACAAUGCCACCUGCAGGGGCACCUCAAAGUGUCAAACAGGAAUCAUCCUCCCCAUCUGGUAUCCUGAGGAUCCCUCCAUGGGAGACAAGAUUGCUCGGGUCAUUGUUUAUUUUGUGGCCAUGAUCUACAUGUUCCUUGGUGUGUCCAUCAUUGCUGACCGUUUCAUGGCAGCCAUUGAGGUCAUCACCUCCCAAGAAAGGGAAAUUGUCAUCAAAAGGCCAAAUGGGGAAACAACAACAACCACAAUUCGGGUGUGGAAUGAAACAGUUUCCAAUCUUACUCUCAUGGCCUUAGGCUCAUCUGCCCCUGAGAUUCUUCUCUCUGUAAUUGAAGUUUGUGGACAUGAGUUCCAAUCUGGUGAACUUGGUCCUUCGACAAUCGUUGGCAGUGCAGCCUUCAAUAUGUUUGUCAUCAUUGGCCUCUGUGUGUCUGUCAUUCCCCAAGGUGAGGUGCGCAAGGUCAAGCAUCUCAGAGUUUUCUUUGUCACAGCAGGCUGGAGUAUCUUUGCUUACAUCUGGCUCUACAUGAUCUUAGCUGUGUUUUCUCCUAAUGUAGUCCAGGUCUGGGAAGGCCUAGUCACACUAUCCUUUUUUCCCAUAUGUGUCCUACUUGCCUGGGUAGCAGACAGACGACUUCUCUUCUACAAGUUUAUGCAUAAGAAAUAUCGCACUGACAAACACAGGGGGGUUAUUAUUGAGACCGAAACUGAACGCUCCAAGGGGAUUGAGAUGGAUGGCAAGAUGGUCAACUCUCACUUUAUGGAUGGAGGUGCAACUAGCAAUCUGAUUGGCUUGAUUGAGAGCAAAGAGGUAGACGAGUCCCGUCGAGAUAUGAUUCGCAUCUUAAAGGACCUGAAGCAGAAGCACCCAGAGAAAGAUCUCGAUCAGCUGGUUGAGAUGGCCAACUACUAUGCUCUCUCACACCAGCAAAAGAGCCGUGCCUUCUACCGUAUCCAGGCCACUCGAAUGAUGACAGGCGCUGGGAAUAUCCUGAAGAAACAUGUAGCAGAACAAGCAAAGAAGAGUGCCAGCGUGCAAGAGGUGCACGUGGAUGAACCUGAAGAGUAUGUGUCUCAAAUUGCUUUUGAGCCUGCUGCCUACCAGUGCCUUGAGAACUGUGGUGCAGCCAUCCUGACUAUCACUAGAAAGGGUGGUGACAUCAACAAGACGAUCUACGUGGAUUAUAAAACAGAAGAUGGAUCGGCUAAUGCUGGAGCCGACUAUGAGUUCACAGAGGGCACUGCAGUGUUCAAACCAGGGGAGAUAAUCAGAGAAAUAAGCAUUGGCAUCAUAGAUGAUGACAUAUUUGAAGAGGACGAGCACUUCUUUGUGCGUCUCAAUAAUCUUCGGGUCUUGGAAACUGAAGAUGAGGUGUUGUCCGCCAACAGUCUCCCAUACCCAAAGGCCAUUCUAGGAUUCCCCAAUGUGGCUACAGUGACUAUACUGGAUGAUGAUCAUUCAGGCAUCUUCACGUUUGAGAGUAGCUCAGUCCAUGUUAGUGAGAGCAUUGGCAUUAUGGAAGUGAAAGUGCUGAGGACUUCUGGAGCAAGGGGAACUAUCAUUGUGCCUUAUCGCACGUUGGAGGGACUUGCCAAAGGAGGAGGGGAGGACUUUGAAGACACCUAUGGAGAACUGGAGUUCAAAAAUGAUGAGACCUGCAAAUUUGUUCACGUGAAAAUUAUUGACGAUGAGGAGUAUGAGAAAAACAAGAACUUCUUCCUGGAGCUGGCUGAGCCUCGCAUGGUAGACAUGAGUCUGCAGAAAGCCCUGUUGUUAGCUGAUGAUGUACCAGAGAGGAAGCUUACAUCUGAUGAGGAGGAAGCCAAGCGGAUCGCAGAGAUGGGAAAACCGGUGCUUGGGGAGCACCCAAGGCUGGAGGUCAUUAUCGAAGAAUCAUAUGAGUUCAAGAGUACAGUGGACAAGCUGAUCAAGAAGACCAACCUGGCUCUGGUGGUGGGAACAAACUCCUGGAGAGAGCAGUUCAUGGAGGCCAUUACAGUCAGUGCAGAUGAGGAUGAGGAAGACACGGGGGAAGAACGGCUUCCGUCGUGUUUUGACUACGUCAUGCACUUCCUCACCGUCUUCUGGAAGGUGCUGUUUGCGUGUGUCCCCCCUACAGACUACUUGAACGGCUGGGCAUGCUUCAUCGUCUCCAUUGUCAUCAUUGGCCUGCUCACGGCUGUCAUCGGUGACCUGGCCUCCCAUUUUGGCUGCACCAUCGGCCUCAAGGACUCAGUCACAGCGGUGGUGUUUGUCGCUCUUGGCACAUCAGUCCCAGACACCUUUGCAAGUAAAGUAGCAGCUGUCCAGGACACCUAUGCGGAUGCUUCUAUUGGGAAUGUGACCGGCAGCAACGCCGUCAAUGUAUUCCUGGGAAUAGGCAUGGCCUGGUCCGUCGCUGCCAUUUAUUGGCACAUGAAAGGGAAGCCGUUUGUGGUGGAGGCCGGCUCUCUGGCUUUCUCUGUCACUCUCUUCACCAUCUUCGCCUUCUUGGCUGUCUCAGUGCUGCUCUACCGGCGCCGGGCCCACAUCGGAGGGGAACUGGGUGGGCCAAGGGGACACAGAAUGGCCACGUCAGCCAUCUUUUUCAGCCUCUGGUUCCUGUACAUCCUCUUCUCCAGUCUAGAAGCCUACUGUCAUAUAGAAGGCUUCUAAGCAGAUGGGACUCCUGGAAAAGAAAUAUGAAGAGGUCUAAAGAAAAAAGCAAAUGCUCACAUUGGGAUUUGGGUCAAUCUUGAAUGCUAGGAACAAACAGAAGAGGCAAACCCGGGGUUUUUUUCUUAGAAAAGGCUCCUGCUCUCCCCCUCCCUCAACUCCGUCUGUAAGAACCCUCAGAGGCGCGCAUCCUGCCCUCUAGUGCCGACAGGCCUCGCUCGCAUGGGAGCCGAGCUCGAGCUUGCAUCUGGGCUUAGUUUCCCAGCAUGCCCAAAGGAUGCCAACGCCAAAAGUUGGUUCAGCAUUCGGCCGGAAGAGAGUGUUACCAGGAGAGAGCAGAGUCAAUCAGAUGUUUAUAUUUUUCUCAAAAUGGGACAAAAAAAGACUUUUUAAAAGAAACAUAUUUUGAGGAUAAAAUGCAAAAAAUUAAAAAUGCAACAAAAUAAAUAAAGACCCAGUCACAUAGAGGAAUCAACGAACUAUUUUCUGAUCUGAAAGAAUAAUGACACAUUAUAUCUAAAAUGGAAAUAUGCUGUGGAGUGGCAGCGGGAUGGAUUCAUAGUAUUUAUUUUUAUUUGCAUCGGAGCUCUGCAGAGGGGUCAGAAAUCCCACAACCAGGAAGAGGAACAAGGAGAAACAAUGACAGCUUCCACCGAUGUACGAAUCCUGAUUCAAACAGGAGAAAAGGGAAAAUAUGGACACAGCGAACAUGGUCAAACUGCCCUGAACAUUACUUCCUUACUCUAAAUGUAUCUAUAUAUAAUAUAUUUCCAUAUUUUCUGUAUAUUUUGAAUAUUUGUUUUAAAUGUGGUCCUCUUCUACGCUAACAGAAGAUUGCUGUGGCGAAGUGGGUGGAGACGGGGGGAGGGAGGGGAGGGUCAAACUAUAUAUUUGAACGAUGUCUUCACCUUUCUAAGGGUUAUGUAUCUUGCCUAUAGGUAACAUGUAUGACAUUGUAUUUUAUUUAUUUACUGAUAUCUUGGUCUCACUUGACUUUCCACCUUUUUCGAUCAGAAAUCCGAAAGAAAAGAAGAAAAAUUACAAAAUGUGUUGCUGAAGAAAUAAAUUCAGAGGUAUUUUUGUACUUUUCCUUCCAUGCACUUUGCUGUAUAGUUCUACUUCUGGAGACUUCUUAUUCUCGUACAUGCGCAAAAGCCAAUGGUCAAAGUCGUCACAGUGAACUGAAUGGUGCCUGUGGAGAGAGAGGUGUUUGCUGCAGCUACCCACACAAAUCAGCUCUUUGUUUUAGUCAGAAAAACACGUUUUCUGGAUGAAGCUGCAUUAAUUGAUAUUACUUUAAUGCCAGUGUUCAAUUACUGACACUUCUGAUUGGUUCAUCACUUUAUCUUAGGUAUAUGAGAGUCUCUUGGCUGGUUUUCAAACUCAUAAACUUUAUAAACCAUUCAGUGAUGCCUUUUUUUUGGUGGAGACAAAAGUGUCACUGUUGGAUUAAGAUGAUAUGUUCUUUCUAUAAGGAGAUAAGUGGACCCAACUGAUGAGCUGCUGUAAUACCAGUCCUGGUAUACAGAUCUAAAAUGUUGGAGUUAACGUAUCGUCUCAAAAACUCUUUACUCCUAUAGUUUUUACCUAGGUCCCCACAGACAAGCAAAUGGCUUUUUGCAAAAUGACAAUAUACAGUUUUAACGUGUUCCUACUCCUCAAACAUAAUCCACUAUCCUAUAACCAUUCUUAAUUAAUCCAAUUUGUCAACAGGAUUAGGAUGCAACUAAAAAACAUAGAACUUUGGGAAAAAAACAUGGAAUCACUACAAGGUCUUGCCCCGGUUUCUCCAUCGGAUUAGGGUUUGAAUUGUUCACUGGACCGGCUGAAGAAAAGCAUCCCCAAAGCAUGAUGCUGCCACCACUAUGUGUCACCGUGUGGAUGAUAUGUUCAGGAGAGUGAUGUGCAAUGCUGUCCCAUUAAGAACAGAUUUGUAGGGUGUACCACCUGAGCUGUGGGUCUCUGCGUUUUACCACUGCUCUUGGACAAUCUUCAGUUAGUUGUUUCUCUUUAUCCCGCAAAAAAAAAAUAAUUAUAAUAAUAAUUAAACUGCUGAACAGUCUUUGUAGUGAAUACCUCAUAAAAAUGCACUGGCAUUUAUAAGGAAUGAAAACCUUGGUUAAAAUGUAUUUAUGCAAUUCUUAAAAUUUCUUAUAAGUUUCAUUCAAAAUUCUCAAAUCUCUCAAUAAUUUGUCUGAAGCAUAAAUUAUUUUAUGUAAUUCAAGAGCUCAAAAUGGAUUCUUCGUCAAAAGUAAUGACAUGAAUAUGUUAUACAAAUCUAUAAUAAUAGGUGACAUAUUAAAAAUGUUUCAACUUUCACAAUUACAAUAUUGAUGUUGAAAUAAUGGCGUAUCUCUUUCUCAGCUCAAGAGAAAAAACGUUGGAAUAAAAUAAAUAAAAAUAGCUCACACUGUGCUUUGUGGAUUCUCUAACAGAUGGAUCUGGAGCAUUUGUUGGCCAUGUCACUGAGUUGAUCGGCCUUUACUGAAGCAAAGUUUUAACUCUAUUUGAUCCAUAGCAAGAUGUAUUAUCAUCCAGGGGAUAAGAAGUGUCAAAGAGGGGAUGAGAAAAACUCACUUUUGCAUUUACCGUAGAGACAAUGACUAUCAUCUGCACUCUGUACAACUUACUGAAUACCAGCCUUAUCUGUAGUGCAUGGUUGCUUCUCUUUAGCAAUGUUGUUUCCUCUGUUUGGGUGCUAAUGAAGAAUCUAGAAUGGUAUAAUAAAAUCCUAUAAAUCCGUGUCCCGCACAGACAUCAACUCCUAUUUUCUGGCUGUUUUCCUCCAUUGCUUUUGUUGUGCAUUUUCCAUUUUUAGGACAUGCCAGGUUUUCUGUCUGGAUGUGUUCUUGUCUUCCUUGGUCAACCUGGAUGUUUCUCUUUUACAACAACUCCAUUUUGUUUUAGACCAAAAUCCCUUGGAACAAUCAACCUCUUGGUUGAUUUACCCAUUUUAAGGAGUUGUAAAAUCCAUCACAUUGUUUAAGCUGACACCUGUCUAGUUGGGGCACUGUUAAAAUGUAUUGCAUAAUUUUAAUUUAAAGUAACUGAUUAAACUUCCUCAAGAUUAGUGAUUCCAGACUUUUUUGCCAGAGCUUGCAAUAGCCCUAAAAUGAAGGGGAGAAAAAACUCCCAAAACUUCCCAAGGCCAUCAGAAAAUAUGUUUAAAGUUAAAUUUGAAAAAGAUUAGUUUGUAAUCAGUUGAGUAAUAACUUCAAUCAAUUGCUCACAGAGCAGCAUAGACCAAUUUUUUCCUUGAUUGCCUCCUAUCAGUUAAAUACUGGCAAACAUAAAUGUUACUUUUCCUGUGUUUUAAAUGCAUGAAAACUAAGAACUCUUAUUUAUUUUGUUUUAUGACUGCAUCAACCAACAGCAUUUACACUGAUGCUCUUGUUUGGGUUUCAUAAAAAUCUUAUGAAGCUUAGGGACAUAUACUUUGAUGCAUAUAUGAUGCAUUCAUUUUCUGUUUCAUACAAAACUACCUCUGUCAAAGAACCUGCAACACACUUUUUCCCCCUUUAAGAAUCAUAGCCAUUUCAAAAAAAUCAGAAUCAGCUGGUCAGACCACCAAUCAAAAUGGAAAUUGGUAUCACCCAAGAGAAGCAUGAUCAGUGCAUCUCUAUGUUGUAAAAUAAAAUCAGACAAGAGUUUACCAAGUGGCAAAGACACGCUUAUCUCCUUAGAGUUGGUGCACAUCUUUAGUCCAUGUGGUUACACCUCCUUGCAUCUCCUCGCACUCUCCUCCUCCUUGUCAGUGUUCCUCCUUCAUGGUGAGCACUGAUGUAAAUAUGCCUCAUGGCUUAAUUAGAUGCCCUCCUCCUGGUACUGGAUCAUGCCUGCUCACCUCCCCAGGUCUCUCCCACCCUAUAUGAAAUGAACACCCGGAGAGACCUGCUGAUGGUUAGAGAAGCUGAGGAAAUACAGAACCCGCAUUAUGUACCGAAUUUACAGUGUGUGUCUUCACCGAAACAGCAUCGCAAAGGCACAGGGGGCACUAACAUCACAUUUAAUUCACAGGUUGUCUGCAAUGGCUUGGUUUUUUUAUUGGUUAUUAUCUUGCAAUCAGGAAGCAUUUUUGAGUGACUGUCUCAUUUAUUCAGUUGUUUUCUGGGACUUGUUGUAGCUGAAAUGUCAGUAGGUGCGUGUUUGUGUGGUAUGCAUGUCACCAUGCCACACACAGCACAUCUGAAGGCACCCGCCUUUCUGUUUUGCUCCCAUUUCUUUCCUUCUCAGUCAAUGGGAUUGAAGUGAAACAUCACUGUGCAGUAACUGGACUUGUGGUUGUUGUGGGAAACUGAGGAAAGUUUCAAAAUUAGGGGGAUAUUACUGUUGUUUUUAACUGUUUUCUUUGUGUGUGAGUGGGUAUUUGUGGGUGACUGUGUGUGUGUGUGUGUGUGUGUGUGUGUGUGUGUGUGUGUGUGUGUGUGUGUGUUUUGGCCUGCUAUGAGAUGUCAAAAGACAAAAAAACAAUUCCAAAGUGGAUAAUUUCUUCAGGUUCUUACCUUAACUAAUCAUUUUAAUAAAUCAUGUCACCUCUCCCCAGAAGUCAAAUUAUAAUAUACAGACAAAUCUGUGGACAUGCCUGGUAAUGAUCUGUAAUAAACCUAUUGCAGCAGUAUAAUCUCACUUUGAGAAAUUCAGGAAAAGCCAACCUUUAUUUCAGUGUAUUUAUUCAGCCUGGGCAAGAAAAUCCCAUGUUGAGAAAUGAUUGUUUUCAACAAAAUCAUUGGUGGCAUAGUUAGAUUACUUAUUUUUUUCUCUGUAACAUUUCACCUCGUCCUGGAUCCUUUCUUAUGUUCUCGUCUCUUCAGGUCACACACAUUCAUUCCAUAGGGUUUAGGUCUGAGAACUAAAAUGGUUGUUGAGGAUGGUUCAUUUUGUGUCUGGGGAACCAUUUCUGAUUGAUUUGGCUAUACGUUUUGGACCAUUAUCCUUCUAGAAGACCCAGAGAUGACCCAUUUUCAGUUUACUAGUAGGGUUCACCUAAUUUGUUUCCAUAAUAUUUCAGAGAGUUCAAGAUGACAUUCAGUCUAACAAGGUUCCCAGGGCAUUUGAAAGAGAAACAGACCCACAGCGUUAUAGAUCCUUCACUGGAUUUAACAGCAGGCAUGAGGUGUUUUUCCUCAUGCUGGUCAUUUGUUUCACGCCACACUUUCCUGGAUUGUUUUUUUGCCAAAAACCAAUUUUACUCUCAUAUGACUAAAGCACACAGUUCCAGUUAAUCUCCCAGUUGUGUUUGGCAACUUGUUGGAGAUGGUUGAACAGAAAAGGCUUUUUAUCUGGAUCUUUGCUGCAGCUGUCUAACAGUGAUGUUUUUCCCUUAUCCUGCUCAAGAGUAUAGAACAAGUGGGCUCUAGGUUUUGGCCUCAUGUCCAUGUUGCUAAACAUCCCAUGGAGUGAUGACUGUAUCCACCCCCUGAACUUGUCUUUAACAAUAUCAAGAAUAGAGGAGACAGUCUCUGACCAUGGAGCCCAUGGCUGGAUGCUGGUGUGCAGGACCGGCUUUAAAGCCGCAGAGAAGCAGCAGCAGCAUCGAGGCAUAACAUGCAGAAUGAUGUUGCAGCUUAAACAGGUGUCUUUUAAACAUUCUAUGGAGUAUGUAGAAGAUGAUGUGUAAAGCAGCAGCACAGCUGGAGUUGAAUGAACUAGCUUGCAGGUAUUGCAUCAUGUAACUGAGGCACUGGGAUGUUUGCACUGGAACAAUUAUUUCUUAUAAUUUUUCUGUCAUUUUCAGUAUGAGAUUGUGCCACUGCAGUAAAAAAUGAAUUUAGUUUAAGGUAUUUUACUCAUAUUUUCCUGUGGUACAUUUUUCCAAGUCUGUUUUUCUUUCUGUUAUCGGAGGUGUGUCAGAUAAUAAAAAAGAAUUGGUAUUUUUCCUCAGUUGAUUAUGUUAUAUCAGUAAACGCUGCUGUUUAAAUAAGUUCGCUGAGUGGAAAAAAAGCACAAACAUGAAUCACCCCAAACUUAAGUGGAUUUUGAGGUUUAUGUACUUCACUGUAAUAUUUUUCAGCAAACUCUUGGAGCUGUUUUGUCAAGAUGGAUGUUUCUGGUGGUGUGUAAUUUUCACAAUGCUAUUACAGCCAAGAGCAGAUGAACUGCACUGUUUACAUUUUCCAAACUGGAGGUUUUUCCUAAUGUAUGUCUGAAUUUAUUUGUUUUUUAUUUAUUCAGCAUUUUUCCUGCUACCAAGGAGAACUAGAAAAAAGCAGCUUCAGAUAAAUUCUUUUACAUCAGGCCCUUCCAGGUUUAUACAAGUUUACCAGAUGAUGAGAGGCUGUUGAACUUCCUUGCUUUUGUUGUCUAAUCUAAUGUUUCUUCAAUUUUGUUAGAUUCUUUCUCUGUUUUUAACCUUAAUUCCCAGCUGGCCCAAGUCAUAAGAGAUAUUUACACCUGCCUAGUGUCCCUAUUGGCCAGGGGGACCUACUGUAAGAGCACCUAAAAUUUUACAGAACAUUUUGAAAAUGGGUUGAAGGAUGCAAUUCAAACAUGACAGCUGUUUAAUGAGUCAUAAAGUAGCAUUCCCAUAAACCACUAGAAAUUUCUUGCAAUUAAUUGAAGAUGGUACAGGUUCCCUCUGCUCUUGGCCCAGCAUUGAUCAGCCUCCAGCUUCUGUCUCCAAGAAAAUCUAAUUAGGUUAUCCACAAAAAAUUAAAAAAAAAAGAUAAACAGUAACCACUACAGAUUUCAUAUGAACUGUUCAUAACUUUCAACAUGACGACUUUUCCAAAAAUAAGAACUGUUCCCAUAAGUAUGGUGUUUUUCCUGAAAGUGAGUGCCCCCCCAAAAAGGAAGUUCUCACCAGGGCCCUGUAAAAUCAUGCGCCAGCUCUGCCUUAAUCAGAUCACACAAUUGGUAUUUGAUCGUAAUAUUCCGUUUUUUUUUAAAUAAAGGAAUUUUGAGCAAAAAUCUUGAACAGAAAACUGGCAUGGAUCAUUUUAAAAUUUUGAUGUUUGAACUUUUUUAUAUAAACAAAAUUGUUGGAUCUUUUGACCUGAUUGUCUCACAAUGUUAACCCCAUGACUUUUACUUAGAAUCCAUUAGUUUCAUUAAGUCAUUUAACUUUAUUCUUUGAAUGUACAAACUGAUUUAGUUGUGUGUAAAUAUAUUCCUGUGUUGACCGUAAAGCUUUAUUUAAAUGUCCUAUUUUCAUGGUUCAUUUAAAAUACAUUACUUUUUACCUUGUUUACAAAUUUUUAUUUAUUUUUUCCUAAUCCAGCUUAAUGUUGAGCUAUGUUUCCUCUUUAUGCCUCCAAAAUUAUAAUAUCUCAAAUCUGCAUUUUAGAAAACCAUAAUUCAACUUCCACAAAAUGGCAAAUUUUUACUUUGAUGUUUCUUUUUUUUUUCUCUGUCACCAUUGUUUUUCAUUCAUCAGUUCAGAAACAAAUGUUUCUUAUCUACAAACACGACAUUUAGCCCUUAGAAUGGGAUCAAAUUUGUGUCAAAACUAAACUCAGUGGUUUUUAAUUUUCAACUAAAGGAUGAUGGUUCAGUUUGAACAUACACAUGAUAACACAAUUCUUUUCUUUCAUAAAUGGACUUGUUUGUUUGAAUGCUAGUGAUGCUGUUUUUAUUUCUUUUUAUACUGUUUUUAAUUAAUUCUGUUUCAUUUCAGAGAAUUUUGCAUGGAUUUUUCUUUGAAUUUGGAUGUUUUAUGCUAAGUAUGUUUUUGAGGUGGGUGCAACAAGUAAAUAAAAUAUGCUAUUUGAAGAAGA